CUGACAGCAGGAGGCACGACAUUUUGCCAAUGAAGCGUUAACAUCAGCCGUAUUCUCUCCCCUCCCACAACCUAUUUAAACAAGCAUCUGCCCUUAUCUUGAGUCUUUGGGAAAACCGUAGCACACAAUCGCGAAUAUCUGUCAUCUUCAGUUGAAGAGACGCUAUGGCUUUGGCAGAUCCCGAGUGUGGAAUAUCAAACGGCGCGGAUUCCAGGUCCCCGUUUUCUGACAUCAUUGAACUAAAUGUAGGAGGACAAGUGUAUGUGACACGGCAUACGACUUUAAUAGCCGUACCGGAUUCUCUCCUGUGGAACAUGUUUAGUAAGAAGGCACCGACAGAACUGGCACGGGACAGCAAAGGUCGCUUUUUUCUGGACAGGGACGGGUUUCUUUUCCGCUACAUUUUAGACUAUCUACGGGAUCUACAUCUGGUUCUGCCUGACUAUUUUCCAGAAAAGAGCAAAUUACAGCGAGAGGCUGAGUUUUUUCAGCUGAGGGACCUGUCCAAGCUCUUGUGUCCCAAAAUGAGUAAAAACAACUCCAUCACAGAUGAGAUCUGCCAGAGUGACUCGGAGGAGCCGAGCGCAACUGCGAAUCCGUUGGUCGGACCCGACACCUCUCGCACGCUGUCCGUCGCCAGCACCGCUCAUUCUCCUUCCCUGGAAUCCAAAAAGUCGGGCUACAUCACAGUCGGUUACCGGGGCUCCUAUACAAUCGGAAGAGACAUACAAACAGACGCCAAAUUCAGGCGGGUCGCGAGGAUCACGGUGUGCGGGAAAACUUCUCUGGCUAAGGAGGUGUUCGGAGACACUUUGAACGAGAGCAGAGACCCGGACCGACCUCCGGAGAGGUACACGUCACGCUAUUAUCUGAAAUAUAAUUUUCUCGAGCAGGCGUUUGACAAACUGUCAGAGUUUGGCUUCCACAUGGUCGCGUGCAGCUCCACUGGCACGUGCGCUUAUUCCAGCAGUGACCCAAACGAGGACAAAAUCUGGACAAGCUACACAGAGUAUGUUUUCUGUCGCGAAUGAGCCAAAAUGUGUUGCAUUUAAUUGUGUGUGUAUAGCCAUUCCAAGAGUAAAGUUUCAUCCGUC